UAGAAGUGUACCGAGCAAGAACGAAGACUGCCCUGAGAUCCAAACCGAAGAGACAUUGUCCCUGCACAGGACUGUCAAUGAUUGAUCAGUUACAAAUGGGGUCUAUAUGGUCCGCUGUGACCUAGGUGAUCUCUCCGAGAGAGCGGACCCCUGCAGGCAUGUUAGAGGUCUCGAACCAAUCACCAGACGAGACGCCACGUGUUAGCAAUACCUGGACGGAGAAUGUGACCGACAGCCAGGCGCACAAGCGGACGAACAAGCGUCAGCGCCACGUACACUUCUCGCAGAGCACUGUGGUCAGGGUGAUUGAAGAUCCAGACGCCUUCUCCACCAAGUUCCGAGCCUUUAAACGCUCGUUGGUGAAGAAAUGUCCGUGUCUGCAUGUCGAAGUGUCACCCUUCAAGGAGUUCACCACAGAAACGGAGUUCGAGGAGAAGAAAGGAGACUUGGCUAGAUUUGGCAUGCCUCCUAGAAAACGAUCGUCCAUCGGUGAAAUAGAUUUGUCAGAUCUGAAAUCACAACUGGAGAAACUUCACCGGCUGUCCGAGAAAAUGAUUCAGAUGGCGGAAGCUGACGACAAAUUCCAUGCCGAGGAACUUAAAUGUGUACAUCAUUUCGGGGAAUGAGUUAUGGUGUCGUGUAGAAGGGAUGUACGCCAGUAAUCAUGUAUUUAUCACUUGCAUGGGGAACGUAUAUGUUUCAAUAUUAACCCUACCAUUGUAUUGCAGCAUCAUGUAAUGGAUUGAAUAGGUUUGACGACUUCCGUCCAUAAGUUAACUUGGAACAUGUGAUUUUGGAAAACUUCGAAGCUGAUUAUUUAUCGUCACUUGUUUGUAAAACGACA